CGGAUAUAGUGAAUGCAGGGUCCUGGGAGACCGGAUAUAGUGAAUGCAGGGUCCGGGGAGACCAGAUAUAGUGGAUGCAGGGUCCGGGGAGACCAGAUAUAGUGAAUGCAGGGUCCUGGGAGAGCGGAUAUAGUGAAUGCAGGGUCCAGGGAGACCAGAUAUAGUGAAUGCAGGGGUCCGGGGAGACCAGAUAUAGUGAAUGCAGGGUUCGGGGAGACCAGAUAUAGUGAAUGCAGGGUCCGGGGAGACCAGAUAUAGUGAACGCAGGGUCCGGGGAGACCAGAUAUAGUGAAUGCAGGGUCCUGGCAGAGCGGAUAUAGUGGAUGCAGGGUCCGGGGAGA